AUGAAGAAUUGGGAAAACAUAAGAUCCAUAUUCAUGCACGCGAACCGUGUGGAUUGGAUGUUAAUGGGAUUAGGGUUAAUCGGAGCCGUCGGUGAUGGCUUCAUCACUCCAAUCAUAUUUUUCAUUACCGGCUUAUUACUGAAUGACCUCGGUGGCUCUUUCAGUGAUGGAACCUUCAUGAACUCCAUCUCCAAGAAAGUUGUAGGUUUGCUUUAUGUGUCGUGUGCCUCUUGGGUACUAUGUUUCCUUGAAGGAUAUUGCUGGACAAGGACAGGGGAGAGACAGACAGCUAGAAUGAGAGAAAAGUAUUUAAGAGCAGUAUUAAGACAAGAUGUGGGUUACUUUGAUCUUCAUGUCACAAGCACUUCCGAUGUCAUCACUAGUGUCUCUAGUGACAGCCUCGUGGUUCAAGACGUCCUCAGUGAAAAGUUACCAAACUUUUUGAUGAAUACAUCGGCAUUUGUCGCAAGCUACAUAGUGGCUUUCCUCAUGAUGUGGAGACUCACAAUCGUAGGCUUCCCGUUCAUCGUCCUCCUCUUGAUCCCUGGACUGAUGUACGGUCGAGCUCUCAUCAGCAUCUCGAGGAAGAUACGCGAGGAGUACAAUGAAGCUGGUUCCAUUGCUGAGCAAGCCAUCUCGAUGGUGCGAAUUGUCUAUGCGUUUGGCAGUGAGAGGAAAAUGCUAUCGAAAUUCUCAGCUGCGCUUCAAGGCUCGGUGAAGCUAGGGCUGAGACAAGGACUAGCUAAAGGAAUCGCCCUUGGGAGCAAUGAGGCGAUUGUAGCAGGGGAAAGGAUUAGCAAAGUGAUUAAGAGAGUUCCCGAUAUUGAUUCAGACAAUCCGAAAGGCGAAAUUAUUGAGAAGAUCAAAGGAGAAGUUCAGUUUAAGCACGUGAAAUUCAUGUACCCGUCUAGACCAGAAACCCUAAUCUUUGACGAUUUAUGUUUGAGAAUUUCAUGUGGGAAAACUGUGGCUUUGGUUGGCGGAAGCGGAUCGGGAAAAUCAACCGUGAUCUCACUUUUGCAGAGGUUCUAUGACCCAACCGCAGGAGAGAUUCUUAUUGACGGUGUGUCCAUUAAUAAGCUUCAAGUAAAGUGGCUAAGGUCGCAAAUGGGUCUAGUUAGCCAAGAGCCUGCGCUCUUCGCCACAACGAUAGAGGAUAACAUAUUGUUUGGUAAAGAGGACGCAUCCAUGGAUGAAGUAGUGGAAGCUGCAAAGGCCUCAAACGCUCAUAAUUUCAUUUCUCAGUUUCCUGAUGGUUACAAAACACAGGUUGGGGAGAGAGGAGUGCAAAUGUCAGGUGGUCAAAAGCAGAGGAUCGCAAUCGCACGUGCAAUAAUCAAAUCACCAACGAUUCUCCUACUAGACGAGGCAACAAGCGCAUUGGACUCAGAAUCCGAAAGGGUAGUCCAAGAAGCCUUAGACAAUGCCUCUCUCGGCCGUACAACUAUUGUUAUUGCCCAUCGCCUCUCUACCAUUCGUAAUGCUGAUCUCAUCUAUGUAGUCCAUAAUGGUCGCAUUGUAGAAACUGGAUCACACGAAGAGCUCAUGGAGAACUUGAAUGGGCAAUAUACUUCUCUAGUCCGCUUACAGCAAAUGGAGAAUGAAGAAUCAGAUGAUGGUGACAUCGGUAGUGUAAGUGUGCAAGGGAGUCAAUUCUCGAUUUUGAGAAAAGAUUUGAAGUAUAGUCCAAGACUCCACAGUCAAAGCCGGUCCAACUUGCUCACGACUUCAAGCACUGAUAUGAAUCUUUCCAGUUCGAUACCGAAGAAGAAGAAGAAGAAGCCGCCUGUGCCAUCAUUUAAGAGGUUGAUGGCGAUGAAUAGACCAGAAUGGAAACAUGCACUGUAUGGUUGCUUAAGUGCAGCUUUAUAUGGGGCUAUACAGCCAACUUUUUCAUUUGCUUCAGGAUCGAUGGUGUCGGUGUAUUUCCUCACGAAUCAUGACGAGGUCAAAGAGAAAACAAGGAUCUACACAUUAUCUUUUGUUGGUCUAGCUCUCUUCUCUUUCUUGAUCAACAUCAUUCAGCAUUAUAGUUUUGCUUACAUGGGUGAAUACCUAACAAAACGUAUCCGAGAAAAGAUGCUCUCGAAGAUAUUGACAUUUGAAGUCAACUGGUACGAUGAAGACGAGAACUCGAGUGGUGCAAUUUGCGCUAGACUUGCAAAAGAAGCUAACUUGGUGAGAUCGUUGGUUGGUGAACGGGUGUCACUAUUGGUACAGACCAUAUCGGCAGUGACCAUAGCUUGCACACUUGGUCUGGUCAUCGCUUGGCGAUUAGCCAUAGUGAUGAUUGCGGUGCAGCCAGUGGUUAUCAUGUGCUUCUACACUCAACGAGUUCUGCUUAAGAGCAUGUCGAAAAAGGCAAUGAAAGCUCAAGAUGGGAGCAGCAAACUAGCCGCGGAAGCUGUCUCCAACAUCCGAACCAUAACAGCUUUCUCUUCACAAGAACGAAUCUUGAGACUACUGAAAAGGGUUCAAGAAGGUCCACGGAGAGAAAGCGUGCGCCAAUCUUGGUUAGCAGGGAUCGUGCUAGCAACUUCACGAAGUCUCAUGACGUGCACUUCUGUUCUGAAUUUCUGGUAUGGUGGUAAGUUGAUCGAUGAUGGUAAAAUUGUGGCGAAAGCAUUUUUUCAGAUGUUUACGAUUUUCGUGAGUACGGGUCGGGUUAUUGCCGACGCUGGGUCUAUGACGACGGAUCUAGCCAAGGGCUCGGAUGCGGUUGGGUCCGUGUUCGCAGUGUUAGAUCGCUGCACAGCCAUUGAACCGGAAGACCCAAAUGGAUAUGUCCCUGAAAGGAUAAAGGGACACAUCAGAUUUGACAAUGUGGACUUCGCUUACCCAACACGACCAGAUGUGAUUAUAUUCGAAGACUUUUCCAUUGAGAUCGACGAGGGGAAGUCGACGGCGAUCGUGGGUCCAAGCGGGUCAGGUAAAUCCACAAUCAUUAGCUUGAUCGAGCGGUUCUAUGACCCGUUAAAGGGUGCUGUGACAAUCGACGGUCGCGAUAUAAAGUCGUAUCAUUUGAGAUCGCUUCGUCAACACAUAGCUCUUGUUAGCCAGGAGCCAACGUUAUUCGCCGGGACGAUCCGAGAGAACAUAAUGUACGGAGGAGCAUCCGACAAGAUCGAUGAGUCGGAGAUCAUCGAGGCGGCUAAGGCAGCGAACGCUCACGAUUUCAUUACAUCGCUAACGGACGGUUAUGAUACCUACUGUGGCGACCGGGGAAUACAACUGUCCGGCGGUCAAAAGCAGAGGAUUGCGAUCGCUCGUGCGGUUCUGAAGAACCCGUCGGUGUUGCUCCUCGAUGAAGCGACGAGCGCUUUGGACAGCCAAUCGGAACGUCUGGUACAAGACGCGCUCGAGCGUAUCAUGGUCGGGAGGACGAGUGUCGUGAUAGCACAUAGGCUUAGCACGAUCCAAACCUGCAACGCGAUCGCCGUUAUUGACAAAGGGAAAAUGAUCGAAUGUGGGACUCACUCGUCCUUGAUGGCAAAGGGUCCCACGGGUGCUUAUUUCUCAUUGGUCAAUCUCCAGAGAAAUCUGAGUUAA